AUGUCAGGAACAUACGACCGUGUGGGUGAACUAAAAGCUUUCGACGAGAUGAAGAUCGGAGUGAAGGGUCUCGUCGACGCCGGAAUCACAAAAAUCCCACGUAUUUUCCAGCACNCGCAAGUCAAUUUAAGAAAUCCUAAACCCUCCUCGACGGUCCGGAUCCCAACAAUCGAUCUUGGAGGUGGAAUGUACGAGUCCAAGGCGACACGUGAGCGUGUGGUUGCGGAGGUGAGAGACGCGAUGGAAAAGUUUGGAUUUUUCCAAGCGANUAACCAUGGGGUUCCACUCAGUGUGAUGGAGAAGAUGAUAGGUGGGAUUCGUGCGUUUCAUGACCAAGAUCCAGAAGUGAGAAAGAAGUUUUAUAGCCGUGAUAAGACCAAAAACGUCAAGUAUAACACAAAUAAUGAUCUCUAUGACUCUCCAGCUGCGACUUGGAGAGAUACCUUAAGUUGUUUUAUGUUCCCUGAUGCUCCAAAAGCAGAGGACUUGCCAGAGAUCUGCGGGGAAACCAUGAGGGAGUACUCGAAGCAAGUGAUGAAGUCAGCGGAGUUAGUCUUUGAGCUUUUAUCAGAAGGUUUAGGGCUCAGUCCUAACCAUCUUAAAGAAAUAGAUUGCGCAAAAGGUUUGUUGAUGCUCUCUCAUUGCUACCCUCCAUGUCCUGAGCCUGAUCGAACACUCGGCGGGCCGCAGCACACAGAUAGAUCUUUCAUCACUAUACUUCUUCAAGACCACGUUGGAGGACUUCAAGUUCUCCAUGAUGGAUACUAUAUCGAUGUUACUCCUACUCCGGGAGCUCUUAUCAUUAACGUUGGAGAUCUCCUACAGCUUAUAUCAAAUGACAAGUUUGUAAGCGUGGAGCAUAGGGUUUUGGCGAACAGAGUUCAAGAACCGCGCAUUUCAGUCGCUUGUUUCUUUGUGCAUCCUUCACCAGGUCGAUUUUAUGGACCNAUAAAAGAGCUUUUGUCUGAAGAAAACCCUCCCAAGUACAAAGAAACAACUGCGGAAGUCUCUAACCACUAUGUGCCUAGAAGAGCUGGUGAAAAUUUUUCGUUGCACCAUUUAAGGAUCUGA